UGCUGCAUAGAAGAACGAUGCAUAAAAUAAUGUCUUUGUCACAUUGGUCAACAACCCUGGUCCUUGGAGUUACAGGGUGUGCAGACUUGUUCCAACCAGCAUGUACACAACUGAUUUGAUUAAUCAUGGUGUGUUUGAGACAUUGCAGUUGGCCUGGACAGAAUCACUGAUAUACAAGUUACCUUGAAUCCCCCAAAUAACUGUUAGGAUAAUAGGAUGCAUGAGGUGUCAGUGUUUGGCUAGGUCAACCUGCACACACAGUUUUGCAGGACCAGGGUUUGUGACCACGGGUGAGUCAAAUACAGUUGGCUGGUCAUGACUCAAAUUAUUUUGAUCGCCUGAAUUUGCUAUAAUGAAGUAGGUAUACAUUCGUAGUUUUGGUAUUUGAUGUCUUUGCGAGAGUGGUCUGUUAGAUACGAUUUACAUUAUCAAAACAACCUAAAAGGGUGACUAAUGAAAAACUAUUAAUCAUGACAUGAUUACAUCCAGCAGUGUAUGUAACCUUUUCACAGCACAUUGAUGAUUCGGGCCAUGAGCAAUGCCCAUUUUUGAAUAAUAUAUAUUUGAAGUAAUUAAUUAUUGACACCUAUGCCAGAAUAAAUGAUUAAUUUGGUGAGAGACUGAGCAGGAUCGAGUCAAUCCAGAUUAUAAAGGCGGUGCCCUACACCGGAAAUGUGACGACAAAUCUUUAAAGCAAAUUUGGUGCGAGCAAAAGUAAUUUAAACAGGCGCAAGUUUUCUGGGUCGCUUGCCGGUGGGUUGGGUACAGCAGAGAUUUGACUCGCCGUGUUGUUUCCUAUAGCGAGGCAAGCCUGGCAGAUGGAGUUGUCCCUGCUCCGCUCCGCCAGACUCGGCCUGGAAGUACUGGAGCGAGCCUCGAGACGGAGCGUAGACUGGUCUAGUGCGAGUCGGUAUCCCAAUACAACAACAAAGGAUGACACCGCCGGGAGUGAGGAGGUUCAGGGAGACUCAGCCCACACAAGCCUGGAUGAUGCUUUUGAGACCAUAGCGGAAUUCAUGGCACAGACAACAUAUCAAUGCAAGAACUUUUACAUGUCGGAGACGGAGCCUAUGGAAAAUGAGAGAACCCAUGUGUGUAGAUACCAUUCUCAAUCUCACCAACGCCCAGGGACCUCACUGCAGACCAGGAAACAUGCACGGUCAUCACAUGAGGAUUUCCACAUUGAGGUGUCUCCAGGUACCUAUAAGAUUACAGCGGGAACGCAGGACUCACAGCAACAGACCCGGGUAGUACGCAUUAAUGCGGGAGAGAGCAUGAACCUCACCUUUCACCUCUAACCCCUGACCAAUCCCCUUUGAUCUUUCUGCUACCAAUAACAAAACUGCCCAAUCAGAAUGUUUACGUACAUAUUGUUUUCUGUUGUAAUGUCGCUUUAGAGUGAUAGUGAUAGUGUUAUUAAUUUGCUGCUAAAUGAGAAGCCAUAUUUUGAUGCUUAUUUUAUUUUUUAUACAGUGGGGAAAAAAGUAAUUAGUCAGCCACCAAU